AUGGCGGGAAAUUUGAAGAGGGAUUAUACGCAAAUUAGCCAAAGUGCAGAGCAAGCUGGUUUAUCUUCCCAUCUCAAUUUAGUCCAAGAAUUAGUCCUAUCACCCGAUAAUAAUCGACAAUUUCAAUUACUGGAAGCAACACCAGAAAUUUUAGAAGCCAUUGAAAGUAGCCGAAAGAUUGUAUUUCGUGGAGAAGAAGAGGACGAUGUCACUUUAUGCGUUGACAACGCUACAUUCGAUGUACGGAUUGCCGAAACAUCAAAUACCUUAUUACUAAGCCCCAAUUGCAUAUGGCCUCAGCGAGAUCACGGAUCAUCAUUUCAAGAGUGUAAAGUUCAAGAAUGUCAGACAUGGGCUAUACCUAAAUCAUACCUAGAAUUAAGAAAAUGUGGGCCUCGAAUUCAUAAGCUGAAGAGAUUACUACAAGAAAACCCAUUUAAAGGCGUUGAUGACACAAAAGAAAAUAAGUAUACAUUAAAAGAUUUAUUAAAUAAAGUUCAAGCGAGUGAAGGCGAGCUGCUGGCAGCAAUUGAGGCUAUGAAUGCCUGCAAUAUCGACGGUUAUUGGCGUAUUCUGGAUGAGAGCUACAAAGAACAAGUAUUUCAGUGCAUUAUUAAUCUAGUAGAAGAGAAAGAUUGGAAUUUUCACAAUUUCUCCCUAGGUGAAUGUUGUGAUAUACUAGAAGAGCUUUAUCCACGGUAUAUCAUAAACCAUUGCAUCAAGUGUUAUGGAACUAUCGAUGAAGACAAAUGUUUCCUAGAUGAAGAUAAGGUGUGCCGGCAAUGUGCUAUUUCGAUCCUUAAGCCUGCCGGAAAGGGUUAUGCUUUAACUGAUACAACAUCUAAACCUCCUGUCAUUUGGCUCUUUCAAGUUUCAGAAUUACCCCCUGACCCAUACGUUCGAUUUAAUAAAUUAUUUAAAGUUAGAACAAAGUGGAGCUUGGAAGAAAUUGAACCGUAUAUAAAGGAUUUAGCAACGGGUAGUCAAUCAUUAAAUACAAUUUUACUGAAGUACACCCGGACGUCAACUGACCUGACUUUGUUCUCUAAAUGCACUCUCAUAAUUGGAUUUUACGGUUGCAAUGCCGAACGUAAUACUGAUUAUUUCACAGAAAGAAGAUAA